AUGGCUAAGUGGUUCAGUGAUGUGCAGGCAGCCAAUGGAGAGUCAGAAGGUGAGGGUGAUGGGGACAAGGAGGAGAGGGCUUGUUUGCCUUCCAUGGCCUGCCACCUUCCUGCCUGGAAACCAAUGACUCUUAAGACAUUGUCUGGUGAGGCUACUAAACCACGCCUCCAAAAACGUUCAAAGUGUGUGAUGGAGGAAGAGGAGCAACCUAUGGAACAGCUUGCUGAUGCAGCGGAAGACACUGUACCCAAUGAUAGAGCCAUCAACAUUGAUUUGGUGGAGGAGUAUCAACCAUAUAUAGUGUUGAAGCUUGUUUGUAUUAGCGACUAUCACAGUAUGUAG